CCCUCAGGAGCGCGCAACCGGCACACUGGCUGCGUCCACAACGCUCGCGCCCGGGGAUAGUAAACGAUCCUCCCGCGCGAGCGAUCAUUACUGGCGGAGUCACACAGCGGCGAGCGGCGACGGUAUCUGAGCGGAUUGUUGUAUUAUUCACCGGCUGUGAAUGUGACCUCCUCGGGCCUCGGUUGAUGAUGAGACUGCUGUUAAACUGAGUGUAGGCGUUCGUGUUUUCGGGUGAUGAAUUGAGAAGAAAAGCUGAACUCUUUUGACCAGUUACCCUGCCCAGUGCGGUAUGCAGCUGUAUCGAGCUCCACCAGAAGAACCAUGCGAGCUGUCGAUGUGCCAGAGGAUAGUUUGAAUGAACAAUGCUAAUGCUUUUAUGUCAUGUUUUACAUGCAGUGGUUUUAUUUUGAAUUAAAGGAGAGCGUAUAAUAGAUUAGGUUAUGUCCAGAUGACAAGCUGCAUCUGGUCAGACAGUGAUGCAACAGCAUUUAUUACAUGUACAGAGUUUUGAUAAGCUGUUCAAGCGCUGCUGGAUCUUAAACUGUUGCAUUGAGAGCCGACAGAAGAACAGGAUCUCUUUGUCGUCGAUUUCUGAGAAUCUAGAAAGAGGGGGAACGACAAUUUGGGUGUCCUGACACAAACGACAAUCCGGAUACAACAAUGGCAAAUGACUCCAUGCAACUCACCCCCACAUCGCUUCCGUUUUUCGCCUUUCUUUAGUCGAGGGGGAAGCUGUCUCUGUUGUGAAGUGGGUUUGAUAAAGAGGGUCUCGGCGGGGGAUGGACUGACUGCUGCUAAAGAGGGAGAUUUUAUUGUCAGUCUUUAUCAUGGCCAGGUGGGCAGAUGCAGGGAGAUAGAGGGUGUGACAUGGCUAACGAGGAGGGAAGACAUACAUCCCUCACAGAGCAGCACAACAACGACAACAACAUCACCCAUCCAGAGACUUCAGCUACACCACAAGGGAGUGAUCCCGGUGGGUUGUCGGUACUAGAGCAGCUUGGCUUGGACCACAGCUCCGAUUUCUCUGACUCGAGUGUUCAGCAGCGGUUGGAUGAACAGAGAGAGAGAAUCCGUAGGGAAAUCCGGAAGGAGCUGAAGAUUAAAGAGGGGGCAGAGAAUCUCCGCAGAGCCACUACAGAUAAACGAAAUGCGCAGCAGGUGGAGAGUCAGUUGCGGAGCUCCAAUCGGCGACUGGACUCGCUCCACGCUCAGCUACAAGAGCUGGACGCUCAUAUCGUCGUCAAAGGGACAGAUGAUUCACGUGAUGAUGCUCCUCAGUCUCCGGGAGCAGAGAGCAGGUCGUCAGCACACAAUGAGAGAAUCGCUGCACUGGAAAGGCAGUUAAACAUCGAACUCAAAGUCAAACAGGGGGCUGAAAAUAUGAUCCCCAUCUACGCCAAUGGCUCCACCAAGGAUAAGAAGAUGUUGCAGACAGCUCAGCAGAUGCUACAGGACAGCAAGACAAAGAUUGACAUCAUCCGCAUGCAGAUCCGGAAAGCAGUUCAGGCCUACGAACACGAUGAUGAUGCACAGGGAAAGCCUGACCCAUGUGGUAUGGAGCUACGGAUUGAGGAGCUCAGACACCAUUACCGUGUAGAGCACGCCGUCGCAGAGGGAGCAAAAAAUGUCCUUAGACUUCUUGGAGCCAGUAAAGUACAGGACAAGAAGGCCAUGUCAGAGGCUCAGUGUCGUCUGAGCGAGUCGUCUCAGAGGUUGGAUCUGCUGAGAGAUUCAUUAGAUCGGCGGUUAGCAGAACUCCCUGAGGAUCAUCCCAAAGCAUCUGUUAUCAAAGAGGAGCUGGUGUUAGCCUCCUCACCAGCGUUCAGUUCUCGACACGGUGCCCCCUACCUGCACAACCAGUACAGCACCCUCUCUAAACCCUCUCCCCUCACUGGCACUCUUCAGGUCACACUGCUGGGCUGCAUGGGUGUGAUGGAGGUGGUUCCCGGACGUUCCCGUGGCAGCCAGGUAGUGUUGCCGUGUUACAGUCUGGGAGAAGGGCGGUCCUUUAUGCGGAGUGGAAAAGGCCUGUAUAGUCGCAGUGGCAGCGUUAGCGGAAAAACACCCCCCAAAACAGAUGAACUCUCUUCGGAAGUGAGUGCAGUACUGAAGCUGGAUAACACUGUCGUGGGUCAGACGGCAUGGAAGACAGUUGGAGAACAGGGCUGGGAUCAGACCUUCACCAUAGAGCUGGAGAGAUCCAGAGAGAUGGAGAUCGCAGUGUACUGGAGAGACUACCGAUCUCUAUGUGCGCUGAAAUUUCUCAAGCUGGAGGAUUUUCUGGACAACCAGAAACACAGAGUACAACUAGAGCUAGAACCACAGGGACUGCUGUUGGCAGAGGUUACUUUCUUUAACCCCGUGAUCGAGAGGGUUCCACGGCUAAAACGGCAGAAGAAAGUUUUCUCCAAACAACAGGGUAAAGCGUUCUUGCGAGCUCGGCAGAUGAAUGUUGAUAUCGGCACGUGGGUGAGGUUACUGAGGAAUGCCAUACCUACCGUCAACAACACAGGAACAUACAGCCCUCACGCACACACAGUACAGACAGGGGAGAUAUCGGUGGAGAAGUUGAGUUUAGACUUUGACUCACCAGUGAAGGUGGACAUUCGGCGAGAUGUGAUGGACACAAGCACUCCAGAACGACAACCGGCCGCUGAGCCCGUCUCUGCUCCAGACCUCACCACACCUGAACGCCAAAUCAGGACACAUUCACUGAGCAGUAAACAGAAGAAGACUCCUUUGAGCCUGCAGGAUUUCAGACUAAUAGCUGUUCUUGGCAGAGGCCAUUUUGGAAAGGUUCUGUUGGCAGAAUAUAAGAAGUCAGGCAAUAUGUACGCCAUUAAAGCCCUGAAGAAAGGAGACAUUGUGGCCAGAGAUGAAGUAGAAAGUUUGAUGUGUGAAAAGCGCAUUUUCGAGACAGUGAACAGUACGCAGCACCCCUUCCUCGUGAACCUGUUUGCGUGUUUCCAGACUCCAGAACAUGUGUGUUUUGUCAUGGAGUACACGGCAGGCGGUGACCUAAUGAUGCACAUACAUGCAGACGUCUUCACCGAGCCACGAGCUGUGUUCUAUGCCGCUUGUGUAGUUUUAGGGCUUCAGUUUUUACAUGACAACAAGAUUGUGUACCGAGAUCUUAAAUUGGAUAACUUGCUGCUUGACACAGAGGGUUACGUGAAGAUCGCCGACUUUGGAUUGUGUAAAGAAGGGAUGGGUUUUGGGGACCGGACCAGUACGUUCUGUGGGACUCCAGAGUUUCUGGCUCCGGAGGUUCUAACAGACACGUCGUACACGCGGGCCGUGGACUGGUGGGGACUCGGAGUGCUUAUAUAUGAAAUGUUGGUGGGAGAGUCCCCGUUUCCAGGUGAUGAUGAAGAGGAGGUUUUUGACAGCAUAGUGAAUGAUGAAGUUCGUUAUCCACGGUUCCUUUCCUCAGAGGCCAUUGGCAUCAUGAGAAGGUUACUAAGAAGAAAUCCAGAAAGACGACUGGGUUCCAGUGAGAAAGAUGCAGAGGAUGUAAAGAAACAGCCUUUCUUCAAGAAUAUGGACUGGGAGGCUCUUCUCCUCCGUAAACUCCCUCCUCCCUUCCUUCCGACUAUCGGAGGAAAAGAAGACAUCAGCAACUUCGAUGAGGAAUUCACAACGGAAGUGCCGGCUCUCACUCCGCCUCGCGAACCUCGGGUGCUCUCGCGCAAGGAUCAGGACAGUUUCCGUGACUUUGACUAUGUCUCUGACCUCUGCUGAGAGCGUCUUCACUGUGAUGGUGCCAAAGAGAGACAUUUCUGCUCCAUGACCCUUGACGACGAGGACAAGAGCGGCCAAUUUGAGUGAAUUGUGAAUGUGCCGGACCUGUGAACACUGUGAUGGAAGAAGAAGAAAGCCUGAAAACCAUUAUAAUCGGAUUUAAGACAGAAAGCUUGUUUCUUACCAGCAGGUUUGAAGGUGCAUUUGAUCUUUUUUUUUAAAUAUUGCACCUCAGUCUGACACCUAGUGGUUUGGAUGAAGCGUCACACUAAAGUGUUCAGUUACUGAUGCAAUUGCAGAAAAGCAUUAUUCACAGUCAGCCAUGAUUCAUUUAUUCAGCUAAAGUGAAAGUGUCCAAAAACAGGUGUGUUACUGAAAUGAGGAACGUUCAGCUGGUCAUGUGAUCUCAACAUGGCGUCUCCCAUCAUAUAAAAAUAAACCAGCUUUUAUUCGGCUACUGAUAUGACAAGUGCCUGCAUCUCAUGUGAAUGGUCAUACUUAAAUAAUAUUUAUUUCUUUAAAUAAAUGUGUUUUUUUUUUUUUUUUUUUUUUGAA